CGGAUGACGCUGAGCUUCCGGGGUCUGUAGCUGGAGAGGAGGAAGAGCGGGAUCAGCUGAACCUCAGAAGGAAAAAGCUUUGGACAUCAUCUGUCGUGAUGAAGAACAAAUCAAGCAUCGGCAAUGUGAUUUGAACCAAUGUGUGUCGUUUUUUCGGCACACGCCUCAAAGCUUCAGAUUAAAGGAAAUUAAAAUAUUUUCCUGAAAUUCAUCACCAACAACCAGGAUAUUUAACUAAGAGCAAAGUUAAACUGCUGAAAGAGGUGAAGCACAAGCCGUCCUGAAGAAUCUCCAGAACACGCAGAAAUUGUUUGCUACAUUUAAAAGACAAAUGAAGCCAAGUCCCGACAUGGAGAAACAUCAGCACUCUGUCAAGAGUUUUACUAAACAGAGUGCUCUCAAAAAACACCAGCGCAUUCACACAGGAGAGAAACUGUAUCACUGCUCAGACUGUGGGAAGAGCUUUACUGAACAGAGUAAAUUCAAAAUACAUCAACGCAUUCACACAGGAGAGAAACCGCAUCACUGCUCAGACUGUGGGAGGAGUUUUAAUCAACAGAGUAAUCUCAAAAUACACCAGCGCAUUCACACAGGAGAGAAACUGCAUCACUGCUCAGACUGUGGGAAGAGUUUUACUACACAGAGUGAUCUCAAAAAACACCAGCGCAUUCACACAGGAGAGAAACCGUAUUACUGUUUCGACUGUGGGAAGAGUUUUACUGAACAGAGUAAUCUCAAAAGUCACCAGCGCAUUCACACAGGAGAGAAACCGUAUCACUGCUCAGACUGUGGGAGGAGUUUUAAUCAACAGAGUACUCUCAAAAUACACCAGCGCAUUCACACAGGAGAGAAACCGUAUUACUGCUCAGACUGUGAGAAGAGUUUUACUACACAGAGUGAUCUCAAAAAACACCAGCGCAUUCACACAGGAGAGAAAAAUGUCCCAAAUUUGUCCCAUGGCAAUUAAAAGCGCAAAUCAUAAAUUCCACCAGAAACAAAUAUGAACUGUAUUUAACAAUGGAUUUUACAGGUUCAGCAAAACUAUUCUUAUCCAGGGAUGAUGUGUAUAGAAUUCCAUGUUAUGUUUGUAUGUCUUGUAAGUUUGAAUAUUCCAGGACAUUCUUUGUGAGACAGAGCUCAGUUUUUAGGUUAGUUACUGUAGCGCAGUAAGGUUACAGGCUCAUUCACUCCCUCUGCUGGUGUUCUUGUUUGUCUAUGGUUCAGUCCAAUUAAAAAUCUGUUACUAUAGAGGGAUAUAGAGGGAUAUUUGGUUGUGUUGUAUUACUUAAGUUUUAUACUCUCUUAUCUUUUCCUUAUUGAAUAUUAAAUGUUGCUUAUGUUUUUUUUUAUCUCCAAAGUUACUAAGAAUAUCCAAAUAAUGUAGUUUCUUAAUUGUUUUUAUCCAGUACAAACUAUUAUCUUUGUAUUACUUCACCUCUAUAUUUACCCAUGUGUGUUUUAAUAAACAGCUUUUAUAUUGCA